UGUGUCUGCAAUCUGCCUGCAUUUUGUGUAGGAAAAGCGCGGGUGAAGGCUCUGGCUCCACUUCCCAUUCGUGUCUUCCCCCUCGCUCUACAACUAUGGCUGAAGACGACGCGGCGUCCGUGCGCGUGGCCGUGCGUAUCCGUCCGCUCAUCGGACGUGAGAAGGUUGAACGCUGCGACGAAUGCGUGUCCGUACUGGAGGACGAGAACCAGAUCGUUAUGGGCAAGAACCGCGCCUUCACGUACGACUACGUUUUCGGUAAGUACGCGCAGCAGAGCGACAUUUGGCGCUGCGUAGAUCCGCUCAUCCGCGCCACAUUUGACGGCUACAACUCGACCAUCUUCGCCUAUGGCCAGACAGGCUCGGGCAAGACCUUCACUAUGGGUAGUGGCAGCUCCGUGCACAUUCCACCUGAGGAUUACGGAAUUAUCCCGCGUGUUAUCAGCUACAUGUUCGACCAGAUCGACACCAAGAUGCAGGAGAAUGCGCAUUACAAGGCAGAGCUCCGUAUCCGCUUCCUCGAGAUCUACGGAGAGGAAAUCCGCGACCUGCUCGUCACUCUUGGAGACUCGACGGGGGAGAGCAAAGUGAGUCUUCGAGAAGGUGAGAAUGGAGAAGUACAGGUUACUGGAGCUUCAGAAGUUGAGGUCGUGGACUCAGAUGAAUGCAUGCGGCUUCUGGAGAGAGGUACACUCUGUCGAACCACGGGCAGUACGCUUAUGAACGCGCAUUCCAGUCGCUCCCAUGCCAUUUUCACUGUCUCUAUGAUACAGCACGUCCCUAUUGGUGAUCCCCCCGCUGAUGGCAAACCUUUAGAGGAAGGAGACUACGAAACCAGAAGCUCGUACUUUAACUUCGUGGAUCUCGCUGGUUCGGAGCGUCAAAAGCGGACACAAGCAGAAGGCAAGCGGUUGAAGGAAGGUAUCGACAUUAACAAGGGACUUCUUGCACUUGGCAAUGUUAUCAGUGCACUAGGUGACGACAAAAAGCGAGGCAAAGUGCACGUUCCGUACCGUGACUCCAAGUUGACACGAAUGCUGCAAGACUCACUGGGUGGUAACAGUCGGACGCUGAUGCUUACGUGUGUGAGUCCUGCAGAUGUCAACUUCGAGGAGACGCUCAACGCCCUUAAGUAUGCGAACCGAGCCAGGAACAUCCAGAACAAGCCCGUGGUGAACCGUGACGAGGCGUCAGCAAUGACGAUGGAGCUGCGUCGCCAGGUGCAAAUGCUUCAGAUGGAAGUACAUCGUCUGCGUAACCCCGGACUGUCGGAAAGCGAACUCAAGAUGGCAACUGUGGGGACAGAUCUCAUUGGUAUGUCCAGCGACUUUGACUCAUUCGGCAACCUUCGAACGCGCGCUGAGAAUGCUGAGAACGAGGUAGCUCGCUUGACAGCCGAACUGAAGCGCGGUAAGACGCAACUUGAUCACCUGAAGGAAGAGAUGAUCGCAGCGCAAGCAGAACGGGACUAUCUGAGACUAUGUGUCGAAGAACAAGGGGACGGGAACUCGGUGUCGCCGGAGGAAAGAGAAUCCAAGUCCAAUGUCCUCAAAGAUCAGCUGCGAACUAUUUUCGAGCUGCAAGAAAAGCUUCGUGCAGCUGAACGUGAGCGCGACAACGUCGUGAUGAACUUUCCUGGGUCCGUUAGCAGUAAUACUGAUACUAGUGGAACUCGAUCAUCUACUACAGUUCCUUUCGCUCUACCUUCGUUGGCUGAGGUGGAUACUAAGAUGGGGAACGAACUACUUGAAAGAGCAGAGAAGGAAAUUGAGAGAGAAACGGCGCUGUUGAACAAGUUGAAGGAAGGAGAGAGUGGUGAUGACGCUGGCGGUGACAGUGAUGGAAGUGGAGGUGAUGGUGAGGGCUCAGCUGAUGGCAUGGAGGUCGAAGAAGAGAAUCAAGAAGAGGCCGAUCGUAUGCGUGUAUUCCAGCGCCGUCAACGCCAUCUCGGCGAGUCAGUACAGGACCUGGCACACGAUAUUUCUCUGAAGGAGCAGCUCGUGCAGAAUAUUCGUCAGGCUCAAGAAAACUACGAUCGAAUGAAGAGCUUUUACGAACAAAAGAUGGCAGAAAUGGUGGAAGAGGUGCGUGCUGCCCAGGAGGGUCGUGAUCGCCUUGUUGACGAGAUCCAGCAGAUCGAGAAGAAGGCUGCUGCUGAAGGUGAUACGUCGGGUGGGAAUGGGCGUCUUGCUAAGUUAUCGCGAGACCUCAAGGUAAAAGAGGACGAGCUCGACGCUCUGCGAAAGAAGCAAAACGACAUGAACCGCUUCAUGACUCAGAAGAAAAAGAACGAGAUGCAACUGCGUGUACUGAACUCGGAGAUCAGCAACAUGAAGCGACAGAAGGUGGACCUGGUUAAAAAGAUGCAAGAAGAGAGAAAACGCUACGAAGAGGAGGCCAAGCAACGUCGCCGUGAGAUUAUGAGCCUCAAGCGUAGCCAGCAGCGUGAUAAGCAGCAAAUUCUGCGACUAGGAUCCCAGAAGGAUGCCCAGGAACGGGUGCUUAAACGGAAGAUGGAGGAGGUCACGGCGGCAAAGCAGCGCCUCAAACAACAGCAGCAACUGACAGCCCAGGCGAGGAAAAUGAACGCUUCUUAUGGUCGGAAAAAAAGCGCUGGGAAUCGUGCUGAUCGUGAUGCCAAGUGGUUGUCAGAAGAAGUGAAGAAACGUGCAGAGGAGCAGCAAAAACUGGAGCAAUUACAGAAGGAACGAGAGGCCGUGGCGAAGGAGAUGGAAGCGCUUUAUGCCCAGCGAGAUAAGCUUGAGAAGGAGGUGAAGAACUCGAUCUCGUCUCAGACGAACAUCCGGGACGUGUUAACCUCGCCCAUGGAGAGUUCUCCACUCCGACGCAACAGCGGGCGACAGCAACAGCUCAACCCUGCUGAAGAACAAUUGUUGUAUGACUUGGAAGAGCGCAUUGAGGCUUGUCAAGCGCAACUGGAGUACAAAGAAGAGAAGAUAUCGGAAAUCUCCGACGAUGUACAGGCGGUCGAUGAAGGCAACGCGCUUGCGAAAAUCGAGAAGACGCAGUCUUUGCCCGAGGCUCGAACGCUUCUGAAGAUGCUCUUCGGUAUGGCAGUCGAUGUGAAAAAGCAGGACCAGAGAAAGGAGCAGGAGCUUGCCAAGCAACAAGUGGAAAUGGCGGAGCUUGUUCGUCACUUGGAGCAAGAGCGAGAGAAGACGAUGCAAAUCAAGCAAAGCUACGAAGAAUCAUUGCAGCGCGUGGUGAACAGUGGCGCCAGUCCGGACGGAUCUUCGCCUGAAUGUGACACGCUGGACGACCGUAGCCGCAUCUUACUGUCGGUAUCUGAAGAACGGAACUCAGCGUUAAGGAAGAAAUGCGAGGAGCUCGAACUGAUGUCUCGUACGACCGACCAAGAGAAGCAAAUGAUGAAAGAUCGGCUUGAACAGGAACAGCAGGACCUUGCUGCUAGCAGAGAACGCGUCCGAUACUUGGAAAUCAAGUUGAAGAAGCUUAGCGCUGUGGCUGUAGGGGCUGCCGUGACACCAGGACGCACGCGGAUUCCUGUUUCGUCGUCUUCAGGGAACAAGUUCGCAGCCAUGCCGAGUCAAUCGCAGACGGGGCCGGCAUCCUGGGCGAACGAACUCGAUGAUGAUGAAGAUAUGGGCACGGACGAACAUGACGAUGACCAGGACGGUUGUGAAGACGUUCCUAUGCGAAGCGAUGAAGACGAUAACCGAAGUUCUCGCUCAGGACAGGACCGUCGCCGGUUUAAGAUGGAGUUGGACAUUGUUGGUGGCAACUCGGAGUUCGCGUCGAUGGGGUCGCACAAGAGUCGGAGUUCUGUUCGACGUGGCAAGGACGACAACGAUGAGGGAUCGUACGAUGCUACUAAGGAGGACUCGCCGCAUGUGGGGAGCGAUGAUUCGUCUUCUGCUUCAAAGUCGAUCUUCUCGCGACUGUCUAACCCAACCAACUUCACUGGAAUCCACAAAAAUCGCGUGAGAGAGAGUGCUUCCAAGCGUGAGAUUCUGCAAAGCCGCUCGGAGCGGAACCGAUCGAGACGAUUGAAGGAUAAGGGACAGCUCAAGCCGUCGCGGUCUUCUAGUACUCCCGCCGAGCAGUUUGUUGGCACCCCUGCAGGCUUCAAGAACCCACCUUCAAUUAAGAGUAACUCGGUUUUGGAGGUGCUUGCCAACAUGAGGCGAGAGAACGAGUCAGAGCAGUAUGUGAGCUCUUCGGGCUUGCGGCAGCCCUUGUCGUACGUCACGACGGACCGUCCGCGAGACUACAGUAGCGACGACAAUGAGCUGGCGGUUCCUAGCAACGAUGGCUUCAAUACGAUGCCUCCUCCUGCCCCAGUAGGUGAUGUAUACUCGCGUCUUGCGGGUCAGUAUACGGCCUCAGCCAAGAGUAAACGACACCAGGCUCGCCAGGAGAAGGUAGACGCUGAAGAAUCAGGGAAGCAGGGAAUUAAACCAGACGAUGACGUGUACCUGGUUGACCAGCACGGAGGCGAAGAUGCGAGCUACACUAUGAGCGACGAUGACUCGAACUAUGAUCCGCUUCUCGGCGAAAAGAACCUCCUCAUCAAGCAAGUUCACGAAGACUAUAGGGAGCGUCUAGCCCAGCGAAACGAGACUGGAAACUAGGCACUUGCAAAGUUAGGGGCGUGCUCCUUACCCAUGACAAGUGAGGACGCACGUUCCCUGCGAGCUGUAUGCCAAUUGACGCAACAUACUCGGUCAGUGCGUUUAGAUGAACAGAAAAGAUUGCCAUCCGAACAAGAGAUGGUUACAGUAACCACCCAGCGAGCAAGCAAAUAAAGCGUGAAUGAUGCUCCGAAACAUGCAAAUUCCAACUUCAUUAAAUGCGGUAACUCAUUCGCGGUUAGAGCACCAAUAUAAACGUGCAGUUAGCGAGCGAGAAGCUCACGCAAUGUCCAGUAUCUCUUGUUUGAUGGAGAGAUACUGCCGGUACGUGAGCUUGUGGAUGGAGCUGCGGUAGCGCGUGACCUUGACGGUCUUCAGCAUAUCUUCAGAGACGCUGCGACGGUAGCCUGCCUUUCGCAUGAGUGACGUGACCGUCUCGACAUGGUUCCAGCCCUGUUCCCGCGCUACUUGCGGUAAAUACGUGGCACUGAACUCGUUGCCGCGCGAGUCGUUGAAGUUGAUAAUGAUCCCGUGCGUGCCAAUCUGAAUGCAGCAACCGGUUAGCCUUAUGACCCAGUAGAAGCUUAAACAGUGUUGCAAAAGUGUCAACCUCCCAGUCGUCGUAGCUUUCGGCGCCCUUAUAGUCGAGGAGCAGCGACACGGAACAGUGCAGGCGCUGCAGUUCCUGCGGUUCGAUGGGGUCGAAGCGGUGGUCACGCAGCGCGCUCUUGAGCGUGAAGUCGCGCAGGUUGCGCAGCCGUGUGGGCGUCAGCGUGCCGAUGCAGCCGCGCAGGUGAGUACCGCCGUAUUCCUCGAUCUCCCACGUCACGAAAAGCGGACUGGCACAAAUAGAGCACAAUGCUUUAGAAACUGAAAAUAUUUUACUUUGCAUGCGUAUGGCAAGGCAGUCGGAGGACGCACUAUUCCUGAUGCACAUCGAAGCGUGGCGUGGGCUCGGCGCCCUGUUCAAAGUGCGACUGCAGCGUGUCGAAGCAGUACACGACCAUCGCGGCGCUCGCCAUCUUUGCUCGCUCCGGUCUAUGGGUGCGUCCGAGAAUACGAGGUC